AUGGCAACAACUUCCCCGCCGUCCGUCAUACUCACGGAUGCUCUCGCUUCUCUCAAUAAAGCAGUUAACAUCGCCUUCACGAGCAUACAAGACCAAACGCGUCUAGAAGUCACACAGGCAAGUGCUGAAGCACGAGAAGCACGUCGCGAACGAGAUGAAGCUGUUAAAGCUCUCCAUGAACUUAGACUUGAGGAGCAGGCAUGGAAGCAGGAAGCAGGUUCUCGGAAGGCUGCUGUCGAGCAAGCCGAGCUCACCGUAAAACAUCAUUUAGAGACAAUCACUCAGCUUCGCUAUGAGGCCGAGCAGUGGAAACAACAGUGUCUCCGUCUCGAAGACACGUCGCGCCAGGAAGCGACCAGCUGGAAGGAGCAGUUCCUCCGCGUUGAGCAGGAGCGUUAUAAGCUCGCAGCGCGUGUUGAUGAACUCAUCGAAGAGCAACUUUCUCACACUGUCCAAACCCACUCGUCCAACACCCCUCUCAUGACAAUGUUCCGCUAUCCCAACGCAAGCGCAAGCAUUAGCGACCCAUCCACAUCCACUCGCCUCCGUUUACCUCCCUAUGCCUCCGAACUUCCUGACGAAUCCGCAUCCACAUCCAGAGCACCCAAACCGAUAUCCGCACAACAACUCCCCACUCCGAUCUCCGAGAACCGUAGGGCCACCGGAGACAAGUCAAAACAGUACCUAAUCCGACGCGUUCAGGCCGUGAUUGAGGUACCCGUGAAGGAAGAGAGCGUGGAGACCAUGGCUGAUGAAGCACUGUCUGCAUCAACAAGGACUAGUAAGCCUUCACUCUCCGGCACUAGCAAAAAACCACCAUCCAAUCCCGCUACUAGUAUACCUACAUCCUCCACGCGUCCCGCUCGCAAAGUAAGCACCAAACGGCAGUAUGUUGAGAUCGAUGAAGACGAGGAACAAGAUAAAAUAUCGGAGCGGUGCAAGUCAGGUAGCGAUGUGAAUGACGAGGACGAAGUUGAUUCUUCAGAAGAGGAAGACGACGAGCUUAUGAUGGGUGCUGAGGAAAACCGCCGCGAAGUUUAUGGCACCAAGCGCAUAGCAGCUAUGAGCAAUCUGAAGGCCGUCUUGCAGGCGCCAGUGAAAAAGAGGAAGCUGGUUUCAGGUACGGCCGCCGCACCAGCGGGUGCCGGGAAGAAGCCUCUUGUGAAGAGUGCGCGAGGGUGA